AUGGCGUGCUUUCAUGGAAAUAAAACAGCCCUCUCGUAUCCUUAUUCACCAGCCUUUCACGCCCUUCUGCGAGCUGGUCUGCAUCUCAAGCUUCUCCAGCAAGUUCAUGCGCACCUCAUUGUCUCGGGCUACGGUCGCAACCGUGCUCUCCUCACCAAGCUCAUCAAACAGGUUUGUGCUGCCCGCUCCAUUGAAUACACGCGCCGCCUCUUCCUCGUCACACCUGACCCCGAUUCUUUUCUUUUCAACUCUAUCAUAAAAGCAACCUCUAAAUUCCACUUCUCAUUGGAUUCAGUUCUCUUUUAUCGCCGGAUGAUCAUUUCACUAAUUCGACCCUCAGACUAUACAUUCACUUCUGUAAUCAAAGCCUGCGCUGAUUUAUCGGUUCUGACUCUUGGUAGGGGAAUUCACACCCACGUCUUGGUUUGUGGGUAUGGCUUGAAUAUUUAUGUGCAGUCUUCUUUGGUGGCUUUUUAUGCAAAAUCUGGGGAUUUGGAUAUAGCAAGAAAGGUAUUUGAUAGAAUGCCGUCGAGAAGUCUCGUGGCCUGGAAUUCGAUGAUUUCGGGAUAUGAGCAGAACGGGUUGGCUAAGGAAGCAUUUGAAUUGUUUGAGCAGAUGUGGAAAAUGGGUGUUGAGCCGGAUUCUCCUACGUUUGUGAGCUUGUUGUCAGCUUGUGCGCAAAUGGGUGCUCUUGGUUUGGGGUGUUGGGUGCAUGAGCAUGUUGUUAAAAAUGGUUUUGACAUGAAUGUAGUUCUUGGUACUUCGUUGAUUAACAUGUACGCUAGGUGUGGGGAUGUGGAGAAAGCAAGAGAGGUUUUUGAUUCGAUGAGCGAACUGAAUGUUGUUACUUGGACGGCCAUGAUUUCUGGAUAUGGAACAAAUGGUUAUGGUACUGAAGCAGUUGAGCUUUUUGGUCAAAUGAGAAUACUUGGGCCUUCUCCUAAUAGUGUUACAUUUGUUGCUGUGUUGUCAGCAUGCGCUCAUGGAGGGCUAGUUGAUGAAGGGCGGUGGGUCUUUGCAAGCAUGAGUGAUGAGUAUGGCUUAGUACCGGGAAUGGAGCAUCAUGUCUGCAUGGUUGAUAUGCUUGGGCGUGCUGGACUUCUCAGUGAAGCAUAUCAGUUUAUCAGGGAAUUGGUUCCCGGCAGCCCUGCUCCUGCAGUAUGGACUGCAUUGCUUGGGGCUUGCAAAAUGCAUAAGAAUUUUGUUCUUGGAGUAGAAGUUGCUGAGCACCUGUUAUCGGUUGAUCCAGAAAAUCCAGGACAUUAUGUGAUGCUUUCGAACAUAUAUGCUUUGGCUGGUCGGAUGGAUAGAGUGGAGAUGGUUAGAAAUAUAAUGUUCCGGAGAUGCUUAAAGAAGCAAGUUGGCUAUAGCACAAUAGAGGUCAAUCAAAAGACAUAUAUGUUUAGUAUGGGUGACAAGUCCCACCCUGAGUCAAAUGAAAUAUAUCAAUAUUUAGAUGAUUUGAUGUGGCGGUGUAGAGAAGCAGGUUAUGUUGCUUUGCCUGAUUCAGUGAUGCAUGAAGUGGAAGAGGAAGAGAGGGACCAUGCCCUGAGAUACCAUAGCGAGAAGCUUGCAAUUGCCUUUGGAUUGAUGAAAACCAGCCACGCAGUUGCUAUCAGGAUUGUGAAGAACCUUCGAAUUUGUGAGGACUGCCAUUCGGCUAUUAAGUAUAUUUCUGUAGUUGCUAAUAGAGAAAUCAUUGUUCGGGAUAAGCUUCGGUUCCACCAUUUUAAAGAUGGAGUGUGUUCUUGCCUGGAUUAUUGGUGAUCAAAUUUAUUUUCUGUUUGAGGAAAAGGUUAUAUUCUUUAGUUAAAUUGGUUGGGAAAAAGUGAUUCCUGGACAACCUAAUACUAGACCUGGAAGAAGGUCUGAAAUCAACUUUGUUUGAUCGGUGAAGGAUGAGUUGAAGUGUAGAGGUUAAUGUUGUUUCUUUUUGUAUCAAAUAGCAUGGAAGACAGGUUACAUCAUACCAGCACUCAAACCAGAUAUUUGGACUCUGGAGAGAUCUCUUUCAAGAUUCAACUGGAGAAGUUGAGCAUUAGUUACGUCUUCGUUCCAGUUCACGGAUUCUAGUAAAUUUGAAGUAGUAGGGUGAGAUAAGGUUGAUUCAUCUGCUGUGUGGAGGGGCAUCUACUUGUUACAAGAACAUGUUUUGGACUUUGAAGAUUCAUAUUUGUGACAAGAAUGGUAGGGAUGGACAACCAGUGUAUCAGUGUAGGAAGUCUUUUUUUAGCCUCUGAUUGCUAUCAGUGGAGACAAGGUCGAUUUGCAAGGCAGAGUCUGUGUUUUCAUGCCUAAAAUUUGUUUUGCAAUUGCAAACCAAGAACAAAGGUAAGCAAGUUAGCCCCA